AUGAACAUCCACAUGAAUUCAACAGGAAGUAGUGAAGACCUGUCUUCAUUCAAUGCAUCCACGACCCCAACAAAUCAGGACAGAAUUGAGUACAACUUCAUCCGAUGCAUCCUGCUCGUCAUAACGACCAUCCUACUUCUGACCCUCAACCCUCUGUGUCUUGUGGUCCUGAGGCACGUCCGUAGCAUCCAGGAAACAACCAAGAUAUUCCUCAGAUCCAUGACGAUUGCCGAUCUCGGGGUGGGACUCUUCCGAGCUCUACCGAUGACUGUACUUGCAAUUUCCGAGACUGAGCUUAUUUUGGGCAAGGCAUUUUGCAAAGUGCUGUCAUUUACUGACGGCAUACUAAUCUACAGUUCCCAAACGUCACUCCUGCUGCUGACUGUGGACCGCUACAUUUCGGUGGUGUACGCGUUGCGCUACCCAUCUCUUGUAACUGUGAAGCGGGCCCGAAUAUCUGUCUGUUGUAUGUGGGGAACCCUUGCAUUGAUGACGACUGUACUGGGAUUAGCAUCACAUUGGAAAACCAUUUACAUCAAACCCAUCCAAAUGUGUUUAUUUCAGUCAGAAUUCUCCAUGAUAAUUGUGGCAAUAGUCUAUUUACCCAUAAUAGUCAGCACUCUGUUGGUUACUAUCAUAGCAUAUGCACGACUGUUCAUGAUAUCACGACACCAAGCGAGAGCCAUCCAAGUCGAAAACCAAAUCGCUCAACCGGGAAACCCUGCCGCAAGGCCCGACAACAAGGCCCUGAAAACAGUCCUCAUUAUAGUUUUGACUGCAUCUGUUGCCAACCUCUUGCCACUCUGUGCGGUACUAUUCUUACAAUACCAACACCCAAUAGUACUCCUGUUCACCUAUGUGCUGCCUGUCCUGACAAACAGUUGGCUUAACGUGCUCAUCUAUUAUCUCAGAAACCAAGACUGCCGUCGAGUGACCCAUGAUCUUCUGAUAUCGAACUAUCGAUCCUGUAAACGCUGCCUGCCAUUGGUUGCAAACUGA